AGCAAACCUAUUCCGAUUCUUAUUUUGCUUCCCCUCUUUUUCUUUCUCUUCUCUCAAAGUCAAAAUUCAAUUCCACUUUUUACAGGAUUCAUUCAUUCCCCGUUCGGCGAGAGAUCAUGGCGAUGAUUGCGGACAUUCUCGUUGCGGCUGACACCGUCGCAGUCACCGCUGCCAAAGGCCUAUGCGUCCUCCGUAGCUGCAAUUCCACCUGCAACGUUUCCGUCACCGAUUCCCUCGCCGACCAGAUCUCGGCCAUCCUUCAGCCUUACGACGCGGUGGCGCCGCCGCCAGUGAAGCCUAGAUCGUACAGGAUGCCGCGUCGGACGCUUCUUCGGAAUAAACGACGAACGAAGCGCAAGUUGUCGGGCGACGGCGCCGGGGACAACGAAAACGAGGGCUUUUUCUUUGGCGACGGAGGCGAUGGUGUUUUCGGAGGAGGCGGCGGCGGAGGGUUCGGAGGAAGCGGCGGACGUUGGAAUUUCAAUAGGUUUGGGGACGGGCAUAAUGAUUGGGAUGAACAUUCGUCUUCGAUUCCGGACCCUGCGUUCGAUUUCGUGUACCAGGUGCUGUCUUGGAUCAUGCUUUCGAAUUGCAUCCAUUUCGCGUUCAAGAGGAUCGUUCAAAUCCUUGCGGAUGGCGCGAUUGUGGAUUCUGGUGAUAGGGAAAAAGUUCCAGCUAGAUUAACCCCAAUUUGUUGAUUUGCUAGUUCAUACUUCAUAGCUUGGAAAAGAAAUUCGUCGAAUUAACGCUUGUUAGUUGGUAACUCGGAAUUACCUCUCUAUUUAAUUGGGAAUUUAAAUGUAAAUAUUGUAUAUAAUAAUUUUCUUAUUUAUCAUAAAAUUUCAUGGUAAUUGCUUCAUUUA